AUGGCCCCAUCUUCUGCUCCUCCUGGAGUUGUACCUCCUGGAGUUGUACCUCCUGGAACUGUUCCUCACACAUCUGUCGGUUCUUCAAGUGCAGUGCAUGCGGCUCCUGCCCCUUAUGUCAGGAGAAGAGAAGAUGUUUUGCUACGUGCGCCAUCUAGACGUAACCAGCCACACCUCCAUCUUGACAAGCUCAAUGGAGCAUUGUGGUUUGGUACUGAUCCUGAAGUCCAUGCUUUAAUCCGAGCAACAUGGCAGGGAAACUAUUGGGGGUCGUGGGCAAGCUGGAACUUCGUUCCACCUGAGAAGAAGGAUCAGUGGUGGCAUGCAUUCAUUCAACACUACUACUGGGAGGACCAAUUUCAUGAUGAAAUCUACUUGAAAUGGAAGAAACAAACUCAGGUUACCGUAUGUGGCCGCAUCAGCCAGAACAGGAGAGAUAACAGGCAACCUUCCUACAUGUCAGACACUCACUGGGCAACAAUGGUUGAGAAGUACAGCACUGAGCAAGCAAAAAAGAAGAGUGCAAAAGCUGUAAAAUCUCGUAAGUCUGCUUCAGAUGGGAAGAAGAUGCACAAGCACGGUGCAGGCCCACGCUGUUUCCUUAACAUUGAGUAUAAAAUGAUGGUUGAUGAAGGUUUGGAUGAACCACCUUCAUACACAGCCCUUGCGAGAAAGACUCACACGGGUAAAGAUGGUUCCUUCCUAGACGAACGUACAGAGGAACUGGUGCUGGAGUUUGAGGAAGCCAUUGAAGAGAUGUUACAAGAUGGAUCUCCACUUGGCGACAUUCAAACUGACUCCACUGCUGCUUCAAAUUCAAAGCGCUAUCUUCUCAACCAAGAAUACAUCAAGAGAGGAAAGACAAAAAAGGGUACAGUCUACGGCCUUGGCAGUGUUCAGUACAAGAACAGCAGUGCUUCUGUGCCAAUUCCUGUCUCACUCAAGCGCAACCUUGACGUGGAUAUGCGCAUGUCUGGCUUCGAGACCACCAUUUCUGAAGUCAAGGAAGACAUUGCUGGAGUCAAGGAAGAUUUCAGUGCUUUGAAGACAGAGAUCAAUGCUUUCAAGACUGAAGUCACGGGGGGGAUGUCAGCAAGCCAAGCAACUCUCAACAUUAUUCUGCAAACUCUCAAAUCUCAAGCUUCCACUCCUGCCUCAACUGCACAACCAUUUCAGCCUCAAGCUCAGUCACAACCUCAAGGUCAGCCCCAAGCUCCAGUUCAAUCUCAACAUCAGCCACAACCUCAAGCUCAGUCUACGGCUCUACCACAACAUCUCACGACCAAUAACCAAUCUGAUUUACAUAGGUGGUGCCAAGAACUUGGUAUGUAA